GUUAACCUGCUGUGCAAGCCCAGAUCUCCAAACAGCGAAAAUCUUCCUUCUUGAAGAUCCCCUCCGCUCCCCUAGAUUUUCUUCUCCAAUAUUCGGAACCUUUUGCAAACCCUAGUUCUCGGACGAACAUUAGAUGAUCCACGAUUCCUGAAACCCUACCCCUUCUGCUGUCGUGUCAACAUCAAUGGCAAAAGAAUUCAACGUGCCCCCGGUGGUCUUCCCAUCCGGUGCGAGCGCCAACCUCCCCAAUCAGCGCCGGGCGCCGGCGUCGGCACCAACUUUCCAGCCUUCGCGGCCGACAGCGGGCCUCGGUCCGAAUCCUAACCUUCCUUUCAUGUCAUUUGAAAUCGGUUCUGCUCAACCCUCUUCCUCAUUCUCCGCUGCUCCUGUUUUUGCCGCCAGUACUAUCUCGUCCGGCAGCUUCGAAGACGAGCCUCCUCUCCUUGAGGAGCUCGGAAUCAACACCCGCCAGAUCUGGAGGAAGACGGUAUCGAUCCUAAACCCCAUUCGCGUGAAUUCCAACCUCCACGAGGAUGCCGACCUCUCUGGCCCCUUUAUUUUUCUAAUGGCUUUUGGUCUCUUUCAACUGCUUGCGGGGAAGUUUUACUUUGGGAUCAUCUUGGGAUGGGUUACUGUCGCUGCACUAUUUGUUUACGUGGUGUUUAAUAUGCUGGCCGGGAGGAGUGGAAACUUGGAUCUCUACCGGUGUUUGAGCCUCGUGGGAUACUGUAUGCUUCCAAUGGUCAUCUUCUCGGCGAUUUCUCUAUUCGUGCCUCAUGGUGGAGUCGUGAUAUUUACCAUGGGGUCUGUUUUUGUUCUGUGGUCCACGAGGGUAUGCACGCAGCUUCUGGUGGAGCUGGCUUCAGGUGGUGAGGAACACCGUGGACUAAUAGCCUAUGCUUGCUGGCUUGUCUACAUGCUCUUCUCGCUGCUUGUCAUAUUUUGAUAUCUGUUGAGUUCAUGUUUGAUUAUUUCUCCCAGAAGAACCUAUCAGUGUGAAUACGUGACCAGUUUAAUUAGGGCCAUCAAUUUUCAGAGGAUACAGAGAUAACUGGACCGUUGAUUCUACUUUCAGUUCUUUUUGGAUUUGGUAAACUUGUUGAAUAUUCUUUGGCAGUCGGGUGGUAUUAUGAAUGAUCCACCAUUCUACAUGUCCUUUCUUUGUCUGAUUCAAGUUGGUAAUCUGCCUAUUUUGGAUGGAGGAUUAUUGCCAGUUCUACCUCAAUUUUCAAGCUAAUUUAUUGCAUUCUCUCUAAACGAUAUAUGGUUUACAUGCACCUUAAUAGAGAAAAAACGAGAACAAAUUGCUUCUGCUUCGAGAAAAAUCUUUAUUUCUUAUGACUCUUGUACCUUUUGAACUUACAGUUGAAUGAAAUGGCAACUUCUGGAAGAAAACUGCUUAUCAAGCUUGUUAUAUUAUAUAAAUAAAAAAAAAUGUCAUAAAAUCUUAUCAGCAAAA